UACCGCUGGGGUUUAGUUAGUACAGUGUCCAAAUUUUAGGUUAGUGGUACCAGUAGAAGGUAUCGAAAAAGGCCGCUAGAAUAUCUGUAUUCUAGGAUCACCUUGGUCUUAGAAGAAGGUUUAUGCAAUUAAGACAUGGCUACAUGUGCUGCGUAAGGGGUAUACGUGAAACGACUUUUAGCUGCAGAUUUAAAAUACCAACAGACAACAUGUUAUCAGUAAACAAAACAGUACAAGUGUUCGUGAUAAAAAAUAUAUAUAUACAUGAUAACCAUCAGGGGCAAGGUUUUAAAGGCGUAUAUAACGUUUUUUUUUAGUUCAUAAAAGCUAAGGCGAAUUGGCUUCUCCGAUUAUGUAAUAAACACUUAUUCUGCGUGUCAUCUAGACGGUAACUUAUAAAAUAUUCAUUAUAACAUAUACAGCAACUCAAUCAAACAUUUAAGAUGUGGCUUGGCAUACUUGUGUAUGGUUUGUUGUAUGGUUAAUACGUACAUUCCUAUUGUAAACAUUAAGUCAAAUAUACGGCGCAAGAUAAUCUCCACACAGAACAAACUUGAGGUUAAACAAAUAUUUUAAAGCGAGUAUUAUUUUAAAACCCUAAUUAUAAAUAAUUUGCAGCAAAUUUAAAUUUAAUUCCAAACAAACCAGGCAAGCGACUUAGGUUGAGGUUGAUUGCCUGAUUAGAGUGAACAUAAUCAUUAGAAUUUGCUGCGACACAGACGGAUCUUAAGAAACGAAGGGGAAGACAUCAGUAUGAAGAUAAACGAUACACAUUUGCAUGAAGAAAACUGUGAUAAAGUUGGACGCGAAUUAAAAACAUACUUUGCUGGGAUUUUUCUUUUUGUGACUGUAAUUGGAAUAGUUGGUAACGGAGUUUCAGUUGCAGUUCUUGUUAAAAAUAACGGUCGAAAAAGCAAGAUACUAUCCAACGUAUACCGACUUUACGUUAUUGCAUUAGCGUUUGCAGAUAGCGGGGUUUUGAUAUUUAACGGUAUUUUAAGAUACGUGAUUAUUUCAUUGUUGUAUGACCCACAUAAACCCAGCUGGGUGUAUGAAGUAUACCUGUGUAGAUGGCACAGACUGUUCAUGCACGGCUCGCAUAACUUUGCUGUUUGGCUUUUGGUGGUCAUGACUUUUGACAGAUUUUUGGCAGCUUGUCUGCCUUUUACAUACAAACGGACAAACCACAGUAUAAAAAAAGCAAAAAUGAUUAUAAUAGCAGUUUGUGUACUUUCGUUCCUAUUUGCGGCACCUUACCUACUUGCUGGUGGUGUUUUUGAAUCGAAACAUGGUGGUGGUCUGCACGUGGCUGAAAUAUUCAUGAAACCGAGUGAGAAUGAAUCAAAAAACGUGAUUUUUAGUAACGAUGAUCGAUUACAUGGUACAUUGAACACCACUGAUUCUAAGAUGAAGUUGGUAUUCGGGUGUUCGUUGAUGGCUCGGGUUUCUCCAGAUACAGCAUAUCUCAUAAACCUGAUCCUGCACGUUUGCGUUGCUUUUUUGAUCCCUUAUGUUAUCAUCAUACUUUUAAACGCGGCAAUAUUUCGAAAGUUAAAUUGUCAACCCAAUAGCUCGGUUAUGGUGCGAUCGCGCCGACGAAUGAACAGAAAGAUUACGGUGAUGAUGCUUUCUGUUAGUUCGACAUUUAUUCUGCUGUGGAUUCCGCAAGCUGUAAUUAUGCUGACUCAUGCUGACGCACAUUCCCACAGUUGUGAUGGAGACCAAAUUUUGGAAUAUUUAGCUGCAUUAGGCGGUAUAACAAAUUCAGCACUUAACUUUUUUCUUUAUUGCGUCACAGUAAAACGAUUCCGUUUCGAAGUACGAAAAUUGGUGUUUUCUACCCGGACUUGCAAAACAACAACAACUAACGAACAAAAAGAUUUGAAUUCCAUAAAACAAGAUGGACUGUGA